AUGGCUGGCAUAGACUUUGGCUGCGACAUUGAUGGCUCAUGUCCCGGCGACCACGUCCAAGUGCCCCUUGCAUCCCUGGGCGGCGCCGACUCUGCUGGUCAGAUGAAGCACUUUGUGGACGAUGACGGCAUGAACACAUUUCGACUCUCAAUGAGCUGGCAAUACAUCACGGCGGGUCAGCCCUCGGGCGGGUUGGACAAGAUCAAUUUCGGCAAUUUCGACAAGUUGGUUCAGGCUUGUCUGGAUACCGGCGCAUACUGCAUGCUCGACCUGCACAACUUUGCGCGGUACGACGGCGGAAUCAUUGGCCAGGGGGGCCCGAGUGACGACGUCUUCGCCGGCUUGUGGAAGCAGCUCGCGACGUUCUACGCCAAGAGCGACAAGAUCAUCUUCGGCCUCAUGAAUGAACCGCACGACCUGGACAUCAAGACGUGGGCCAAGAGCUGCCAGGCGGCCGUGACGGCAAUCCGAAAGGCCGGCGCCACAUCGCAACUCAUCCUCCUCCCCGGAACCAACUUUGCCAGCGCCGAGACAUUUGUGUCUACGGGAAGUGCCGAGGCCCUCUCCGCGAUUACGAACCCCGACGGCUCAACCGACAACUUGCUGCUUGAUCUGCACAAGUACUUGGACAUCAACAACUCGGGCACCCAUGCCGAGUGCACCACCAACAAUGUGGCCGGCUUCAAAACCAUUGCAGAGUGGCUGCGCAAGAACAAGCGCCUCGCUUUCGUGUCCGAGUCUGGUGCCUCCAUGGACCAAUCUUGCAUGACCAAGUUCUGUGAACAAAACGAAUUUAUUGCCGACAAUGACGACGUUCUCGUUGGCUUUGUUGGCUGGGGGGCAGGCGGAUUCGACGGCACGUAUGUGCUUACCCUGACGCCCUCGCGAUCCGGCGAUGCCUGGACCGACAACAAAUUAAUGAAGCAAUGCAUCAUUGCGCCGUUUGGCAAGGCUGCGAGCGCAACCGCGUCGACUACGCAGGCGCCAACAUCUACCACCACCACGUCCACGUCGGCGACGUCGACGGAGCAGGCGACCGACAAGACGCCCUCUGCUACCCCCGGCACAAGGAAUACCAAUGCGAAUGAAGCCGCUCCAAAAAAGGGCAAUGCCGCCGACCACGUGGCAAUUUCUCACAUUUACAUCAUCUUGGCGAGCAUGGCAGGGCUACGACUUUACUUGUAG